CACUUUUGUGUUUUUCACAGCAGUGUGAACAGGACUUUUAUUUUGGUCUGGCGAUAUGACAUCAUAAAGCUGCGCCGCUCCUGCGACUGUUAUGAUUCGGCUGAAGAAAGAAAAACUCCUGGUUUCAGCUGAAAUCUCGUGACACACUAUUAUAAAGAUGGCGUUUAUUAAAGAGGAGAGUGAAGAAAUAAAGAUUGAAGAAGUGUUCAGUGUGAAACAUGAAGAUACUGAGGAACAAACAGACCUGAAGGCACUGAAAGAAGAGAGUCAAGAAUUGAAUGAAACUGAAGAAAAAGACCAGAAUGAUUUCAAAACUGAAGAAAAACCUUACAUUAGCUCACAGACUGAAAAGACUUUAUCACAAAAAAAAGCUCAAAAGACUAAAGGUCAUUUUACAUGCCAACAUUGUGGAAAGACUUUCGAUCAAAAUAGAAACCUUAAAGUCCAUGUGAGAAUUCACACUGGAGAAAAGCCAUUCACCUGCCAACAGUGUGGAAAGAGUUUCACUCAAAAACCAAGUCUUAAAGCCCACAUGAGAGUCCACACUGGAGAGAACCCGUUCAUCUGCCAACAAUGUGGAAAAAGGUUCAAUCGAAAAGGAAACCUGACAGUCCACUUGAGAAUUCAUACUGGAGCGAGUCCAUUUAUCUGCCAACAGUGUGGAAGAAGUUUCACUCAAAAAGGAAGCCUAAAAGUCCACAUGAGAAUUCACACUGGAGAAAACCCUUUCACCUGCCAACAAUGUGGGAAAGGUUUCAUUCGAAAAGCAAGCCUUAAAAGCCACAUGAGAAUUCACACUGGAGAGAAGCCUUUUACAUGCCCUCAAUGUGGAAAGAGUUUUAAACAUAAAGCAACCCUUAAUGCUCACAUGAGGAUUCACACUGGAGAGAAGCCGUUCGUAUGUGGUCAGUGUGGGAAGAGUUUCAGAUUUACUGUAACUCUUAAUCACCACAUGAGGAUUCACUCAAGAGAGAACUGUUUUAUAUGUCAUCAGUGUGGAAGGAGUUUCACAGACAGGAAACAUCUUAAAAAUCAUGUAAAAAUUCACUUUGGAGAGAAGCCUCACAUGUGCGUUCACUGUGGAAAGACUUGCAAAAACAAAGCAAACCUUGAGGUUCACAUGAGAGUUCACACUGGAGAGAAGCCUUUCACCUGCCCUCAGUGUGGGAAGAGUUUCGCACUCAAAGGAAAUCUUGAGGUUCACAUUAGGCUUCACACUGGAGAGAAGCCUUACAAGUGUCUUCAGUGUGAAAAGAGUUUCACAUAUCAUAGAGACCUGAAAUGUCAUUCGCAAACUCAUUCUGGAAAUAAAUUACAAGGUUCUGAGUGUGGAAAAAAGCUUAUGAAUGAGAGAAAUUUCAAAACCUCUAUAAGGCGGCGAUUUAAUUGUGAUCGGUGUAAUAAAAAGUUUAUUUUGUCAUCACACUUACAGAUACACAUGAAAAUUCAUACAAAUGUGAGACCAUAUUUUUGUUGUUUUUGUAGAAAGAGUUUUAAAUGGCUCAGCAGUUUAAAAUGGCACCAGAAAAUCUGUGUGAAAUCAAAGCUACAUUCAUACAACAGGUGAAUGUGGAUCCAAUUUGAUUUUGCCCUUUUUUUGCCCUUUGCCCUAAAAAUGAAAUUUCUGUCAUUAAUUACUCAUCCUCAUGUCGUUUGACACCGGUAAGGCCUUCGUUCAUCUUCGAAACACAAAUUAAGAGUGUAUGAAAUUUCCAUUCCAGUGUGAAUCUCUAAGUCCGGUCCAGUGUGUAAAAUCUGAGUAUUCUCAUUGCUUCAUAACAUUAAAGUAGAAUCACUGUAGUCACAUGGACUAUUUUAACAAUGUCUUAACUACUUUUCCGGACCUGGAAUGUUGUAAUUACAUUGCUUUCUCUUGGCGAUCAGAAACCUCUCGGAUUUCAUCAGAAAUACCUUAAUUUGUGUUCCAAAGAUGAACAAAUGUCUUGCAGGUUUGGAACAACACGAGGGUGAGUAAUU